UCCCUCCCAGAGCCCUGAUCAAAUUUCCCGAAGAAGAAGGAAAAGCAGCAAAGGGCCCUUCUCCGCUUCUCGCCAGCCUGCCCCACUCGCGCCCCUCUGCCCGAGCCAGGAGCACCAUGAUUUGGAAAAGUCUGUCCCUCUUCGCCCUUGUGGCCAUCGCCCGGCUGCACGCUGAGGAAGAGCCAAAGAGCAAAUCCAAAAUCUGUGCCAACGUUUUCUGUGGAGCCGGGCGGGAGUGCGCAGUGACAGAGAAGGGGGAGCCCACCUGCCUCUGCAUCGAGCAAUGCAAACCUCAUAAGAGGCCUGUGUGUGGCAGCAAUGGCAAGACAUACCUGAACCACUGCGAGUUGCAUCGUGAUGCCUGCCUUACUGGCUCCAAGAUCCAGGUGGACUAUGAUGGCCACUGUAAAGAGAAGAAGUCUGAGAAUCCAGCCGCAAGCCCAGUUGUCUGCUACCAGUCUGACAGGGACGAGCUCCGGCGCCGCAUUAUCCAAUGGCUCGAGGCCGAGAUCAUCCCAGAUGGCUGGUUCUCAAAGGGCAGCAACUACAGCGAAGUCCUGGACAAGUAUUUCAAGAGCUUCGAUGGUGGGGAUUCUCGCCUGGACUCCAAUGAGUUCCUGAAGUUUGUGGAACAGAAUGAAACUGCUAUUAACAUCACCACCUAUGUGGACCAAGAGACCAACAAGCUACUCAGGGGACUCUGUGUGGACGCCCUCAUUGAGCUGUCUGAUGAGAAUGCCGACUGGAAACUCAGCUUCAAUGAGUUCCUCAAGUGCCUCAACCCGUCCUUCAACCCACCAGAGAAAAAAUGUGCCCUUGAAGAUGAAACAUAUGAGGAUGGAGCUGAGACCCAAGUGGAGUGCAACCGCUGCGUCUGUGCCUGUGGGAACUGGGUGUGCACUGCCAUGACCUGUGAGGGGAAGAACCAGAAGGUGCCUGUAGGGGGGCAGCAACCCGAGGAGGAGCUGACUGAGGAGGAGCUGGCCAGAUACGUUCAAGAACUGCAAAAGCAUCAGGAGACGGCUGAGAAGACCAAGCGAAUGAGCACCAAAGAGAUGUAAGGGACCUCCUCACUGGAGGAGCCCAGGGAACAGGCCAGAUCCGCUGUCCUGUCCUUCAGCGCUGAGCUCAAUAUGCACAAGUGUCUUCUACAGUCGCCCAGUCACAGAUAUUUACGUUGUUUAGCGAUGAGGUUUUUGUUUUGUUAUUAAAAAAGGAAGCAGGGGAGGGGAGCACAGUCCACCUGGUUGGGGGAGUCACUGCUGGAGACUAGUGAGAACAGGAGGGAAUUACAGCAGCCUCUAGGAUACCCCUCACAGAGGACAUCUUCUCUGCAGUCCAGGGCAAGGGCCCAUUAAGGCAAUGAGCAGGGAAUUCUGUGCCAAAAGGAAAACCUGGGGAAGGGGGAGGUGAGUGCUGGGGAGUGGGGUUAACCUCCUGGGAAUCUUUCAGUUUCUAGGGUUUAGCAUGCACCUGCUUUGGCAGCAGGAUCAUGUAAGGGAACGUUCUGUGGCUGAGCAUACAUCCUGUGGGGCACAAUCAGCCAGGGAUGUGGCCUCAGGUCACCAUCUUCUUGUCUUCCCUGUGCCUUUCUGCCUUCCCCCAACCUCCUUCUCUCCUGUUCUCCUUUCUGUCCUUUCCCCAUCCUCCCUGUCCACCUGGCACUGUCCGUCCCCUUACAGCUUCCAUGGGCCUCACCCCAGGCAUCUCCCCUUGUGUUAAUUGACUUCACUUGACUCCUGGAGUUCCUAGUGAGCUGCCCAGCAUGCUCCUCCCUGCCUGCAGCCAGCCGCUCCUAGCAACUCCUACAAUGCCUUGUGGGCCCCAAAGUCACACUAUUCCCUUUGACAUCUUCCUGGCCCCCUAUCGCUCCAGUCCCCUCACAAAGAUGCUACAUUACAAUAUUUUCUCUUAUCACACUCACACCCUUUUUGUUUUACAACUUUAUUUUCUAGGGUAGCAACUGAGCUUUUGUAUUUUUAGGCAGUAGCUUUAGAUAUUUUGCUAUUGAAAGUGCUGCAAUUCCUGUGCAUGGUUUGCAUUUGCCUCUAUCCAGCACGUACAAUCAGCACAACAGCUUCUAAGCAUAACAGCUUCAGGGCACCUCUCAGCUUAGUGCUGCAGUGUCCCUCACGGUGGAGAGAGACAGGAUUUGGUAUAGUAAAUAUAAAGGGGAUUCUUUAUUGAGGCUGCUGGACACAGACAGACCCUGUGGUUCUCUCUCUCUGGCUCUCUAGUGUGCAGACUAUCCCAUCCUGUGCUGCCAGGUUUUACCGCAGGAGGUCUCCCUAAAUCACAUGAAUGCCUGGAAGGAAGUGCAGGCUACACUAAACAAGGGACAGAGGGACUGUCCCUCUACCCCGCUAUAACGCGAACCAAUAUAACAUGAAUUCAGAUAUAACGCGGUAAAGCAGUGCUCCGGGGGGGCAGGGCUGCACACUCCGGUGGAUCAAAGCAAGUUCGAUAUAACGUGGGUUCACCUAUAACACAGUAAGAUUUUUUUUACUCCUGAGCACAGUGUUAUAUUGGGGUAGACGUGUAUAUCUAUCAGCUGCAGCCUGCGAUGUGAGUGAUCAUCUCUCUCCCUCUGUCCAAUUUGAGGGUAAAUCAGCCAGAUUGUCUUUGGCCUGUAUUCUGAGGUCCCACCUGAAUUGAGUUAAGAUCAGGGACGUGCGCACAUCCCCCUGUGGCAGCCUGCCAAGCCUGUGUGUUCCGAUCAGUCCAUAGCUGAUUGUCGUAGCUUCCCUUUCAGGAUCAUUUUCUUUUGGCCACUUUUUUUUUUCUCUGAGCAGUGGGCCUAGUUACAACUGUGAUACUCUUUGAGGGAAUGGUCUUUUGUCAGUGACCCCGUCCCCUCAAGCCCAAUGGGUUCUCCUGUUAUAUUCAACUUUACUUCAUAUACACACACAUACACGCCCAUUUCCCUGUUCCAGUCAUGCCUUGAUGCACAUUCCCAGUCAUUACGCUUAGGCUGAGUCAAGAUGAUUCUGGCUUCAGUCUUCUCCCUUUGAAUAAGCUGAAUGAUCACCUCACGACCUGCACUCCCUAGUGAUUACUCAAGCAAACCUCCCAUUGGCCUCAGUUAGAGUUAGUUCUGCUUGAAGCAAGAUUAGCAAGGCUGAGCUGUAGCCUUCCCUUUAUUCAAAGCACUUUCCCGGCAGAGAAGGGGAAGAGUGAGUUAGUGUAGGGAAAGAAGAAAGCUUGAACGCUGGUACAUUUAUCAGCUAAUCUCUUGUACUGUUGUCUUGGUCUUGAUGUUGCCACUGUCUCUUCAUACUGUGGACUUCAGAGAGACACGGACAGACUCUGAUCUCAGUUACACCUGUGUAACUCUAAGGUAUCUCCAUUGACUUCAGUGAAGUUACUCCAGAUUUUCACCAUAGGGAGAUCAGAAUCUGCCCAUAAUGCUUCGAGGCUUUGGAGUAAUACGCCAGUGAGCUGAUUCUGCGCUCAUGUUGGUGUAAAUCAGGAGUAAUGUCAAUGGCAUUACCCCAGGUUUACACUGGAGUAGGUGAGAGGUGAAUUAGUCCCUAGAACUCAGGGGGGGACCCAGUUUGAGGGGAAAAAACAAUGCUACUCGGGGAAUUCAGAGUGAAAUGAUUGUUGUUCCCUCUCCCUGGUUAGUGGUAUCAGAGGAAUUGGUUGGUGAGAUGGGAAUGCCCAAUGGACAUGCCCCCUAUUCUUCCCACCCACUCUACAAAUGGAUGCCUGGAGCACAUUGGGUCUGGAGUCACUGGCACACUGUUUUAAUUCUUUGCCUUAGUCUGAAAUAGUGAAAGUAGCUCAUACCUCCCACCUCCUCUCCUACCACCUUCCCCAGCUGAGACCACUUGCCCCAUUAAAGUGCCUUAGGGAAAAUGCAACAACAUGCCUUAAAAAGCAAACAUUUUCAUCAGUGGGAAAAACAGCUUAUUUUCCAACCAGUAAGAUCCCAAAGUAGGAAGGGUUGGCUGAGGAGCCAAGUAUGUGCAGUGGGGGAGACGUCAAACCGUGGCUGAAGGCGUUAUGUAGUUUUCAGAGUUUUAUGCAACAUGGUCUGUGAUAAUCCUCCAAUGUACUGUAGGUGUGUAGGUUGUGGAGACUACAGCUCCCAGCAGGCAAUGCAGUUAGGCUGCUCAGGUCAAUGUGGAGCAUUGCACGCUGUGAUCUGUAGUCUCAACAGCGUGACCCUAAUGAAACAGUAGCCACAAUCACCUCCGGUUUAUGCAAAAUAUGUGGUACCCCUUGACAAGCCACAAGAGUGACCCUUGGUGAGGCAAAGUCUGGGCAUGUGAGAUUUCACUGCCACACAGAUCAAAGCAGGACAACUGGGGCAUAGUUAAUUGCCCUGUGUAGAGACAGGGCUGCCUCCUACAGAACCUUUUCAUUUCCUUUGUUUCCCCUAAGAAGAAAAAUAUCAUUUAAGAUGUAACGUGUUGAAAACAUCGCUGGUUUCAAGGGCUAUUGUACCCAAAUGAUGCAUGAACAUCUCUCAAGUCGAAGGGUGUGACCCCAGUAUGUUAUAUAAGAAACAGUCCUACCCAGGCUGAGUGGUAAAAGACCAUAUCACACAACAGGCUUUUCUAUCUCUAAUUCCUAGGGUGUGAUCUGGCAGGUGAGUCAGGAAAAUGCUGAGCUCCAAAAACAGUUAUCUGGGAUAUUCGCGGUAGAGUCUGCAAGGGGGCAGGAAAGGCAUUUUUUACAAAAGCCAACACAAAUUAACCCCUUCUCUCUCUCUAUUUCCCUUGUGUAUGUGUGUGAAAUGUAUCAGUAUUCUGUAGGUUUCAUUAGUGCACUUAUUUUACUUGGUUUUGUAUUUUUUGUGGGGAGGGAGUUGGAUAUAACUGCCAAAUAAACAAAACAAAAUCA